AUGUUCCGUCGGAUGCUGCACACGGGUGCGCCGCUGCGUGCAGUACGAAAGCCGCAGUUUAAUGUGAAGGCCAUGCUGGCGCGGCUGCCGGACUACGUGGGAUCCGUGCAAGCGCGGGAGCCGGUAGACGGAGAGCAGCUCAUUUCGAGGCUGCAAGAGCUGCCAGAGAGGCAGAAGGAGGUUGCGCAGAUAGAUGGAGAAGUAAGGGUGGUACAGAGCCGGCGCAAGGUGCUAGAGGCGGAGAUGGCGGCCGGCAUGCACAGGGCCGCGGGCGCAGAGCUUAAGAUGCUCAAACAGAAGUACCAGGCCCUUGCGACACGGGCAAAGGCGCUACGCGAAGAGAUCCGCGCAACCUGCGAGGAUCUCCCGAACCUGUUAGAUCAGUCCACACCACAUUCCGAGCCGGAGAUUGUUGAGUGGCUCAACCCGCUGCCGGAAUACCGUGCAGACGCUCGCUGCGAACACCACGACGUCAUGGUGCGCAAGAAGUUGGUAGAUUUCCAGGCCGCUGCCGAGGUUACAGGCAGCUCCUGGUACUAUCUCAUAAACGAAGGCGCCAUGCUCGAGCACGCGCUGGUCAGCUACGCUACCCGGAAGGCGCGCCAGUGGGGGUUUUCGCUUUGCAUGCCACCUUCCAUAGCCCGCAGCGAGGUGAUUGCCGCAUGCGGAUUUCGACCCCGCGAUCAAAAUGACGAGCAGCAGAUAUACGCCAUCGAGGGUUCUAAUCUCGGGUUGACGGCGACCGCGGAAAUCCCGCUUGCGGGAUUGGGUCUCAAUCGCACACUGGACCUCGCCUCGCCUCGUGCCCUGUGUGGCGUGAGCCGCAGUUAUCGUGCGGAGGCAGGCGCGCGGGGCAGAGACACAAAGGGUUUAUACCGCGUGCACGAGUUCACCAAAGUCGAGCUCUUUUACUGGGCCAAGCCCGCCGAUAGUGCUGCGCUUUUGGAAAAACUGCGUGCGUUCCAGACCGAGUUAAUUUCCGAACUGGGCCUGUCUGCCAAGGUCCUCAACAUGCCCGCUAACGACUUGGGCGCGCCCGCUUUCAAGAAAUAUGACAUCGAAGUAUGGAUGCGGGGACGCGGCUCUUUCGGCGAGGUUUCCAGCGCCUCUAACUGCACCGAUUUCCAAAGCAGGCGGCUCUCCACGCGCUUCGUGAACGACGCAGGGGAUCUAGACUAUCCACAUACCUUGAAUGGAACAGCAAUGGCGGUCCCCAGAGUUAUUGUGGCCAUUGUAGAAAACUUCUACGACCCAGAGACGGAUCGUAUACGCAUUCCAGAUCCCCUGCAACCGUAUAUGGAUGGUAUGCAAUACAUAUAG